GCGGGAGAGCAUCAAACAUGGAAAGAGUUUUCAAAUUUGCCACUAUUCGUACCUGAGUCAGUGUUUUUUCCUGUCUUCUUUUCAUCUCUUUGUUUCAAAGAGCGGGAAACGAAGAAAAGCGUAAAGUUAAUGAAGUUAGGGGUUAGAAAUGAAGAAGGAAAAAUCCUGCUGAGUUCAUUCUUGCCAUCCAAACCAAUUUCUGUCGGCUCAGUUCAAGCUUCACAAGUAUCUGAUGUAGAAAGAACCACACCUCCUUGGGCUGCUUCUGGUGGUACUCAUCUUUUUCGGCCAUCUCUUAGGGACAUUCAGAUGCAGCAGCAGGGAAAACAACUGCACAGUCUUUCUCACAGUCCAAAAACCAAAGUGAGUGGGUGUCCAACAGCUACUGGUCAAGAUUCGCCAUUGGAUUCCCCUGCAAUGAGUCGCUGGUUCAAACCCGAGGUUGAAGCAACUUCUUCUAUUAGAUCGAUUCAGAUUGAAGAGAGGGCUAUGAAGGAUCUCAAACUGUUCUACAGCAGUGUGUUAAAAACAAGUCGUAAGCUAAGAGGGCUAAAUGACAAAGAUAUUUAGCUUUUUCCAGGCAACUGCUGGUCUGAGGGCAUUAGGAGGCGAGGCAUCUGAUAAAAUUUUGCAAUCGGUUAGGGAACUUUUGAAAAGUAGAAGCACCCUUAAAUCCGAGGCAAAUGGGGUCAAAAUUCUGGACAGCUCUCAAGAAGGUUCUUAUGAGUGGGUGACAAUAAAUUACCUACUAGGGAAUUUGGGAAGGACAUAUCAAGACACAGUUGGCAUAGUUGAUCUUGGUGGUGGAUCUGUUCAAAUGGCGUAUGCCAUCUCCAAGAAUGCUGCUUCAAGAGCUCCAAGUUUACCAGCUGGACAGGACAAUUAUGUAAAUGAAAUGUAUCUCAAGGGAUCAAAAUAUUACCUCUAUGUACACAGUUAUUUGCACUAUGGCUUACUGGCAACUCGAGCAGAAAUUUUGAAGGCCACUGAAGAUUCUGGCAACCCUUGCAUCUUGGAGGGUUUUGAUGGUUGACCAGCUAAUUGGAAAAGAUCAUCUUUUCAAACGCAGUAUUAUUUUGAUCAAGGCCUGGUGCUAUUACGAGAGCCGAAUCCUUGGUGCACACCAUGGCUUGAUUUCUACAUAUGCAUUAGAAACAAUGAUUUUAUAUAUCAUUAAUGUCUUUCAUUCAUCCUUAUUUCAUUCAUCCUUAUUUUGUUCUUUUUGUAUUUUGUUAGAUUUCUGGUGUAGUAUUAUAAGUGCGGUAUUUUGUUUGGCGGGAUGUAUUUAUAUCAUAGAUUAUUCUUCUUCUCAAUAUUUUGAUAAUGAAUUUUAAUUUUUUUAUA